GAUUGAAAUUUGUAGAUAAGUGAACUUUACCAAAUUAUAAUAGCACAUCUAAAGUAUUUAAAAUUUCCCUGAGAAGUCACAAGUCAGAAGUCACAAACCCAUUCUCAGAUCUCAAAGAAAGGGAGAUAGAGUUGUUGUUGAAUUCCAAUCAAUGUCUUCAUCUUGUUCUUCAGACGAAGGUUACGCGAUCGAACUUUACUUCGAUCCAGCACUCGAAAAUCAAGUUCUUAAAGCAUGGAACGUUCUCGCUCGUAGACAAAUCAGUACUGAGUUAAUCGAAAUCGGAUCACGACCACACAUCACACUCUUCUCUACACCUUUCCUUCUAGAACCUUCUAAACUCGAUUCUCUUCUCAAAUCUAUUUCUUCUAAAUUUGAACCUUUCUCUCUCUCUUUCUCUUCAAUCUCUUCUUUUACCAAUGAUAAUAAUCUUCUCUUUCUCUCUCCUACUCCUUCUAUCUCUCUCCUCAAUUUUCAUUCCACUCUCCUUGAUGCUAUCGCUAAUGAAGGAAUUGAAGUUCCGAUUCAAUUUUCCACCGGUAACUGGAUACCUCUUUGUUCGGUUGCUCCUCAUGUUCCUAAAGUCAGAAUGUCUGAAGCUUUUUCGUUACUUCGAGAACUUAAAUUGCCGGUUACAGGUUAUGCUGUUGAUGUUGCUCUUGUGCAAUUCUCUCCGGUUCGUGAGAUUUUCUCCUUUCUGCUUGGUAACAAUAAUGCUAUAGAGCCUUGAUUUUUUUUACUUUUUUUUAUUUCACUAUUUUUAUUAGUAGCUUAAUUUUUAUGUAUGUUCUGUUAGUUUGUUGUAAUAAGAAUUAAUUAAUUAUCUUUUUUUUUUUAUUGAUGAUGCUAAUUGAGUUAUUCUUAAUUUAGAACUUUUUUUGGUGGAAUUGUUUAUCAAUUAUGAUGAUGAUUAGUUUUGGAAAGUUUGGGGCUAUGUAGUAUCGAUGCUUCAAAUUGAA